AAGCUCCUGGGUGACGGCCUGACGGCUGCGGGCCGGCGCCGGAAGUGAAGCGUUUUGAGCUGCCACGUCUGAGGCCGUGAGUCGCCGCUGCAACAGCUAUGGUGUCAGUAAUCAACACCGUGGACACCUCUCAUGAGGACAUGAUUCAUGAUGCCCAGAUGGACUAUUAUGGCACCCGCCUAGCAACCUGCUCCUCGGACAGGUCGGUCAAAAUCUUUGAUGUGAGAAAUGGAGGGCAGAUCCUCAUUGCAGACCUCAGAGGACAUGAGGGACCAGUAUGGCAAGUAGCCUGGGCCCACCCCAUGUAUGGCAAUAUCCUGGCUUCCUGUUCCUAUGACCGGAAAGUCAUUAUCUGGAAGGAGGAAAAUGGCACUUGGGAGAAGACUCAUGAGCAUUCAGGACAUGACUCCUCAGUUAACUCUGUAUGCUGGGCCCCUCACGACUAUGGCCUGAUUUUGGCCUGUGGGAGCUCGGAUGGGGCCAUCUCCCUACUGACCUAUACAGGGGAAGGCCAGUGGGAAGUGAAGAAGAUUAACAACGCUCACACGAUCGGCUGUAAUGCUGUCAGUUGGGCUCCUGCUGUUGUGCCUGGCAGCCUCAUAGACCAACCAUCAGGACAGAAGCCCAAUUACAUCAAGAAGUUUGCAUCAGGUGGCUGUGACAACCUCAUCAAGCUGUGGAGGGAGGAGGAAGAUGGCCAGUGGAAGGAGGAGCAGAAGCUAGAAGCACACAGCGACUGGGUUCGAGACGUUGCCUGGGCCCCCUCCAUUGGCUUGCCCACCAGCACCAUUGCCAGCUGCUCUCAGGACGGUCGAGUGUUUAUUUGGACCUGUGAUGAUGCUUCAGGCAAUAUGUGGUCACCCAAACUCCUGCACAAGUUCAACGACGUUGUGUGGCAUGUGAGCUGGUCCAUCACAGCAAACAUCCUGGCCGUGUCAGGUGGAGACAAUAAGGUGACCCUGUGGAAAGAGUCGGUGGAUGGACAGUGGGUGUGCAUCAGUGAUGUCAACAAAGGCCAGGGUUCUGUGUCAACCUCCAUCACAGAGGGCCAACAGAAUGAGCAGUGACAACACAGACGGCCUGGUCUUCUUGUUUCCAGGACUGCCUAUUCUGGAACAACGUCCAAAUAACUGGGAAGAAGGGUCCCAACACUACCAAGAUUCCAUACCCAAAGAGUGCCCACAGAUGGAAACUGGGUGCUCACCUGCCUUACUGGGAUUCCAUGUUUAGUAAUUUAAUGUCCAGCUGAGAGUAUUCAUGUUAGGAACAAAUGACUAUUAUUUUUAAAUAUUUUUGGCCAUUUUUAACUAUCUUUUGGUUCAGGCUGUUUCCAAGCUAAUAAAAUCAUAUUGCAUAGAAACUUUGCUGUGUCAUCCCACACAGUGUAUCUACCCAAACUGGGCUGCUGUGAGCACCUGUGUAAGCUAUAUUCCAGGCUGGGCCUGCAAGGGCAGUAGCCCCUUCUGGGUAUACUUACUCCAUGGGAUGGGGAUUGAUGACUUCUGCCCUAAAGAAUGGGUAUGAGAUGCCAACACACAUCCGUACGUCAGGCAAGGAAUGUUAACCCAGAGCAUUCAAACAUUAAGGCUAUGGUGGGAAACCAUGGUUCUGGUCCUAAACAACCUUGAGCUAGGUACCACCUCCCAACAGAGGUCCUGAAACCUUCACCUGAACCAGCAGUCACAACAGUAGCUACUGUCUACCACCUGCUGCUUGAGUAGCCUUCACACGGUAUUUCAGGUAAGCAAUAUGGCAGAGGAGAUAGGCUUACCCACUUGCUAAGGAGAAAGCCAGGAUUAGAGUUCCAGCCCACCUCACCCCAAACUUAUCCACUGUAGAACCAAAGAGAGGGUGUUGUUAGUCCUCAGCCAGGAUAUGUUUCACACCAAACCUUUACAUAGAUACCAAGUUCACCUCAGGAGAACUAUCCUUUUACUUUUCAUAAGCCAAAACUGUUGUUUGCCAUAACAUGUUCAGGAAUAGAGCACAUGGCCUCCUAAGUCACUCCAUAGGACCUGAACCCUCUGAAAAUUGCAUAAAAACCAUAGCUUCCUUUCUUCCAUGAUAUGCGUGAGAACAAGACUGGAAAGGACCGUUCUUGUGCUGCUCAACUUAGAGAGAAUGCAUGGGAGUCUGUCAGCCUAAGGACAAGCCUGGCUUCCUGUGCUGCUUGCUGCUCUCAACGGAGAGUGAGAGUGAUACUACAACACAUCACACAGCAGCCAGGGGCUCUUUGUAGCUUAUGCCUUUGAGGAUCAGUUGAAAUGGUAUGGGGCUGCAGUAAGUAAAAUUAUGAUCCUAAGAGCUUAGAUUGGAAUAAUAGCUCUAUAUGGCCAAGAGCAAUAGUUUAAACAAUCCCUGGUAUCCACACAAGAGGGUAGUCAAUGGAACACAUUCAUAGUACUACACUGGGGAAAGUCCUAAGAAAGACGAUAGUCAAACAUGGUAGGCACACUUAUAAUGCCAGCACUUGGGAGGCAGAGGCAGGAGAAUUGCCACAAAUUCAAGGCCAGCCUUGUCUGCAAUAGUGAAUUCCAGGGCAGGCAGAGCUACAUAUUGCAAUCUUGUCUCAAACACCCAGCUAUUACACCUUACCAGUAUCCCUUCAAUUAACUUUAAGGUUUGCUUUCUUUGUUUUGAGAUAGGGUCUCUCUAUGUAGUCCUGGCUGUCCUGGACCUGGAUAGAUACAUAGCUGAGGAUGGCCUUAAACUCUUAGAAGGAACCAAGUAAGUACAGGAAAAGGAGAUUGAGAAAAUAAACCAAUGAUGUGACCUGUGGGGCAAUACCAUAUGGUCUAGCCUGUGUAUAGUUGGAUUCCUGAGGGAAGAGGGCAAGAAAGAGAAAAGUACAGGGGGAAGAAAUUUGAAGAGACCACCAAAUAUUUUUCCACAAUUAAAAUUAAAACCCUAGCCAGGCAUGGUGGCAAAUUGCUUUUAAUCCCAGUACUCGGAAGGCAGAGGCAGGUGGAUCUCUGUGAGUUCUGGUCUACAAAGUAAGUUCCAGACAGCCAGGGCUGUUACACAGAGAAACCGUGUCUCAAUUUAAAAAAAAAAAAAACUAAGACAUUAAUCCUCCAGUUGGGCACAUU